UUGAUAUCCAAUACGAUGUUCACAAAACUUCAUUCAAACAUUUUAUUUAUUUAUAGUAAUAAACUUACGUCAAUAUGUAGUGUGAAACAAAAAGGUUUAAAAUUUCCUUUUAGUCAAAAUUUACGUCAAUUAUCUACACCUAACAAAAAUGAAAUAUACCUUGAAAAACAAAUAAAAGACGUUUUCAAAUUUAAAAACACUAAUGUUAGUAAUUGGAUUAUCGAGAAUAAAGCUCACACAUUAUGCCUUGGAUAUCAUGAGAGUAAACCACAAGAUAAACAACAUAUUUUACGUUUAUUAGCAACCGAAUAUGCUGUACAACAUAAUACCGUAUGCAGUGUAGCAGAAAAAUUAAUUUCUACAGAGUAUGAGAAUGAAAGACGAAUGAUUUCUUAUGAACAAAAUUUAAAGAAUGUUCUUACACCAGAUUAUCAAUGGUUAUUUGUCAUUAUUGGAAGACUUGAAAAUGGUGUGAAAUUCCUUGUUGAUUUAAGAACAGAUAUCUUAGAGUUACUGUCAGAAACUAAAGAAACAGAUGAUAGUAUUGCAAUACAACAAUUAAAUAUUACUUUACGGGAUUUAUUAUUGCUUUGGUUUUCAGUAGGAUUUCUACAUUUAGAAAGAGUAACUUGGCAAAGUGCAUGUGAUAUAUUACAAAAGAUUUCAGAUUAUGAAGCAAUACAUCCUGUAAAAAAUUGGUUAGACUUAAAACAAAGAGUUGGACCAUAUAGAAGAUGUUAUAUUUUCACUCAUCCAUCUAUGCCAAGAGAACCUCUUGUGGUAUUGCACACAGCAUUAUGUGAUGUUAUACCAAAUAGUGUGAAAGGUAUUGAAGAAGCAAAAAUCAGAAUUCUUGGUGAUUUUAAACAAGAAAUAACAUUUUUAGAGGAAGAUAAAAGUAAAAUAAAAGCUGCAAUAUUUUAUUCCAUAACUUCUACACAAAAAGGAUUACAAGGUAUUGAACUAGGCAACUAUCUAAUAAAAGAAGUAGCAAAAGAAGUGAUAUAUGAAUUUCCUAUGAUAGACGAACUGUCUACUUUAUCACCAAUACCAAACUUUAGAAGUUGGGUUAUUGAAAAAAUAAAACAAGACAUCAAUUAUAUUUUUACCAACGAAGAAUAUGAGUCUAUAAAAGAAAUUUUAAAUAAAUCAGAUGUUAUAUUGGGCUUAAAAAAACUUUUCAAUAAUUCGUUGUGGACUAAUGAUACAACAAUAUGUGAAGUUUUAAAAAAGCCAUUAAUUCGAGCAUGUGCGUGGUAUUUGUACAAAGAAAAAAGACGAAAUUAUGCUUUAAACAGUGUUGCAAAUUUUCAUCUUCGUAAUGGAGCUAUUAUGUGGAGGAUAAACUGGUUAGCUGAUCCUUCACCACGUGGUGUUGCAAAUAGUUGUGGCAUUAUGGUAAACUAUAGGUACUAUUUAGAUAAAUGUGAAAAGAAUAGUCAAAAUUAUAUUGAGAACUAUUUCGUAAACACUUCCGAGGAUAUAAUUAAUCUUGCCAUGCAACAAGAAAAAUUACGAAAUACGAUAGAGAAAAGAAUAUGCUAAAUAAUUGUAUAAUUACAAAUAAAAAUUGUACCAUUCCUGUA